AUGGUAGUGAAGGGGGUUGAAAGGUUCCAGGUACGGAUGCACACAGUACGUGAAGGAAGAGAGAGAAAGAGAGAAGAAGAAGAAGAGAAGGAGGAGGAGGAGGAGGAGGAGGAGGAGGAGGAGGAGGAAGAGGAGGAGGAGGAGGAGGGGGAGGAGGAGGAGGAGGAGGAGGAGGAGGAGGAGGAGGAGGAGGAGGAGGAGGAGGAGGAAAAGGAGAAGCAGGAGGAGGAGGAGGAGGGGGAAGAAGAGGAAGAGGGGAAUGAGUAG